GCCGUUGGCAAUAAGGAGAUGCCCGACGAAGUCUUCCACCUCGCACCUGGACUCCAAUUUUCAGGGUUCAAGAGCGUCGUUGGCAUGCUGUGGGAGGUCGAUGAUGCUGUCGCAAAACACAUCAUCGAAGCUUUCUACGACAAUAUAUUCAAGAAUGUGAAGGAUGGUGGUGUCAUGGACUAUACUAGUACAAAGGUGGCCUGGGCACUCAACGUUCAACCCUUGCUACACAUACCGUGAAGGCGAAAGUACCACUCGAACAGAGGUCGGUUUUUACUCAUAUCGGUGUGUAGUUCUACGUCGUAUUGCUUUCAUUCCUAGGCCAGUUCAAUUAUACCGUCAUUCUGUUGCUU